CGAAGCUUCGGCGGCCCCGGCUCUCCGCGCCCCAGGUCCUCACGGCCCCGCUUCUCCGUGGCUUCCGGGGGGGGUCCCGGGACCCCGGCAGCUGCGGCACCCGCCCCGCGCUCCAGCAGCCCGGAGUCUGCGCCCGCACAACCAUGAGGAGGCUAAAUCCCGGUCUGCUCUUGCUGCUGUUUAUCAGCCUCUACGCUGAGGAGAAGGUUGAGGAACUUCAUGCGAUGGUGGGCAGCGAUGUGGAACUCAGCUGUGUUCACCCGGACGGAAGCCAUUUCGACCUGACCGAUCUGUUUGUCUAUUGGCAAAUCGAUAACCAAAGCAGGGUGGUGGCCUACCACCUGCCUAAAGGGCCCACGGCACUGCAUGUGGACGACCUGUACAAGAACAGGGCCCAUCUGUCACAGGACCGCAUGAAGCAGGGUGACUUCUCUCUGAACCUGCAAAACGUCACCCCCCAGGACACUCAGGAGUUCACCUGCCUGGUGUUUAGGGAGUCCAUGGAGUUCAGACGGGACUUGAAAGUGGUGGUCAGGCUGCACGUGGCAGCGAACUUCAGCACACCCAUCAUCAGCAGAGACGGACCCUCUGCCCCAGGCCAGGAAGUCACCUUCACCUGCAUGUCCACCAAUGGCUACCCCAAACCCAACCUGUACUGGAUCAACAAGACCGACGAGAGCCUGAUCGAUGAGACCCUGCAGAAUAACACUGUCUACUUGAACAAUCGGGGCCUGUACAACGUGGUCAGCAUCUUAAGGAUCCCUUGGAUGCCAAGUGUGGAUGUUAGCUGCUGGGUAGAGAAUGUGGUUCUCCAUCAGAACCUCACCAGCGUCAGCCAAGCAGAUAAUUCCACUGGAAACAACGACAAGAUCACAAAGAACCCACAGGAAGCUGACAAGCAGAAUACUAACGUCCUUUUAAUCCUCCUUGCUGUAUUACUGGUGGUAGCGGGUGCCGUGUCCUCCUGGGCUUGCAGAAGCCGGUGUCCCCGCAGAAGCUAUGCAGGUCCCAGACAUGUAGAGCAGGAACUCCAAGACCAUGCCUGACAGGCCUCUGCCCAGGAUGUGGACAGGGUCUCUGUGAGAUGCCAGCCGGUGGAAGUCAGGCAGCUUCAGAAUGGACUCCCACCGGCCCGGUGGCAGAGGGGGACUAUGAGCUGCCUGCUAUGUGCUGUGAUGGAGGAGAGGGCUCCUCGGCCUCCAGAGGCACAGAGGGUUGAUCCCAGAAACCGUGCGGGAGACCGUUCUAGUGAGCAGCAGCAACCUCAGAAUAUGGCGCCCCAGCGAGAACCCCCCCCACCCAGCCGUCAGCACAGAGGGUAUCAGCUUGAGAUGUCCUUGCCCAGCGGGAGCGUCUAGAGAACGUGAUUCUUUGUAAAAGGUCCUUUGAGCUACUCUGAAAGCACCUGCAAAACCCACGGGACACCGUUUCCCUGCAGGACCUUCAGUAAUGGAGAAAACCUGACCUUGCUUGUUUGGGUCUUAAUCUGUUUGGGCCUCCUAGAGGACAUAUGGGGUUUUGUCUACAGCAAACCUACUGUUGGCUGAUAAUGGCUGGGCCUGGAAGUUUUGUUUCUAGAUGGUUCUGCAAAGUUGGCUGCUUGGUAACAUAGGUGUGCCCAAGCUCCAGAGAGAUGCAGUUAGGGGCAAGGACUCUACAGUGGGACACAGCAUCUGACCCUCAUUGUGGGCAAGCUUCUUUCCAACCCAGAGGCCUGGAAGUGUUGGACAGCCAGAGCCUGCUUGCUCAGUGCUGACACGGGUGUGAAAUCUCAGGCCCCAACGGAGCAAGAAUGAGGAGUGAACCCUGGCCUCAGGCUCAAGCGGACCAGUAUUAAAAUUUUUUCUGCCCACCAGUUCUUCACACGGACGUAUGUAAAGACCCACUUCACUUCUUCCUCCAAAGCAUUACACAUCUGUAAAAUAGCAAUUGUCAUGAUGGGGGCUUGAGUUGGCAGCUACAGCGAAGACGCACAAGGACUACUGGGGUGCAGUGACCCCAGGACCUAUAUUGGGGAAUUAGUACCUCCCCAAGCAAGGCCCACAGUUCCAGGACACAGCAAUGUCCCAAGUGUCCCGGGAACUCAGCAGGAUGAUCCAGUCUAUUUUCAGUUUUCUGGUCAGAAAGAGGUCUGACCCUGCAAGCCAGAUGCCUUGGACAGCAGACACUCUGUUCCCAUCGUUUAUGAAGACAUUGGGAACUUCCCCCCACCUGUGCCUCUGUGGGCUCUGCCGUCAUCAUCUGCUGAUCCCAGCAGGUCCCAGGGAAUCCUGGGAGCCCACCCCAGCACAUCACAUCAACAUUCAUGAGACCUGCCCUGUAACCUCGGCCUCCUUCAGCCCAGAACCUUGCUGUCACUCUUUCUCUGGGUUGUGGAUGGGCUGGGUUUCAGUGUUCUCAUAGUGAUGUCCAGAAACCUAACAAGGGAGUAAAUACAAG